AUGGGCAGGACAGAGGAGGAGAAGAAGAAGCAGGCCAAAAAGGCGGCCGCCAAGAAGAAGGAGGAGAAAGGGAAGAAUGAUCGGAUGUCGGCGGAGACGAUCGGCUUCCAGAUCAGGACAGGUCCGGAUGCUCCCAGCAAGACUGGGGCGAGCAUGGACAUCGAGGUGAGCGAGAUCGUGGUUUUUGCCGGCAAGCAGGAGCUGCUCUUCAACGCGACGCUGAGAUUGGCGCAGGGCCACAAGUAUGGUCUCAUCGGCCGAAACGGCGUCGGCAAGAGCACGCUCUUGCGGGCAAUGGCCGAGCGUGAUGGCCGGGUGCCAAUCCCACAGCACUUCAUGAUCAUGCACGUGGAGCAGGAGAUCAAGGGCGACGACACGCCGGUGCUGGAGAGCGUGCUGCAGGCCGACAAAGAGCGCGAGUGGCUCCUAAAGGUGGAGCAGGAGAGUUGCUGGCCACGGAGGACGACGGCACCGGCCAUGAGCCGAAGGUGA